AUGGACAAAGGCGUGUACUAUAUCACAGGGGGCGUUUGUACUGAUGGAGAGGGCAGCGAUACAUCAUCACAAAGCCCCACAGCCGCUCUUGUGAGUGGCACGGCAUGUGGGGCGGCACCGCAACCUCCCGACAUCACCGUGGGGUGGUGUUUCGACGCGCGCAUGCUGCUACAUCGCUCUGACAUGAACCGCUCCCCUGAGACACCACACCGUCUGCAACGCGCAAUCGAGACACUUCAGGGCUGCGAGCGCGCACUCGACGUUCUGCCUGUCGAGCUGCUGGCUCCCUUUACGGUGCACAAGGAUAGCAGCUCAGGUUCGGACUUGGGCCGAGCUGUGCCACUGAUCAGCGCAGCCAACCGCUCGCAAUGGAUACCUGCACGACUCGCCACCUAUGACGAGGUUUGCUCCUUCCAAGAUCCGCAAGUCUACGAACAUUUUUUGAAGAGUGGGGCGGCUCUGGCGGACUUGAAAAGCGACGUUUACUGCAACGAGGGGACAAGUAGCGUAGCUGUCCGACUCUCGGCAGGCGCCGUGAUCGAUGCUAGCGUCGCCGCGCUUCGCGGUGUGGCGGCUUCCCGCUCCGGCACAGCCUCCAGCGCUGCCGGGUGUGUGCACCCCCUCGUGUCAUUUUGUCUUGUGCGGCCGCCGGGGCAUCAUUGCACGGCUUCACAGCCGAGCGGAUUUUGCCUGGUCAACAAUGUCGCCAUCGCAGCUCAGCAACUGCGCAUUCGGCACGCAUCAGCGUUGGCCUCUGGCCCUCCGCGCAUCGCUAUUCUCGAUCUGGACGUCCACUUCGGCGAGGGAACCGCUUCUUUUGUUGAGGGUGCCUGCGACCCCGCCUCGCUACUGUAUCUGUCGCUCCACCGCUACGAUAAAAGGCAGUUCUAUCCAUUUGACGGCCGCGGCGACACGGCUUACGUGGGAGGGAGCCGACACGCCGCCUCCAAAGGCAGCAUCUGUAAUGUGGCCGUGCACACCAACGGGCAACAGCCGGCACGAUGCGAGCAGGUCAUCUCCGACCACCUAAUGAACUCUGUUUUGGAGGAGAUUUUCUUGCCCCGGCUGGCUAAGUUCGGGCCGGACCUAGUCAUGGUGUCACUGGGGUUCGAUGCUGCCUAUGGCGAUCCAUUGGGCAAGAUGGCCGUCGAGGGUGGGUUUGCCUCGGUCCUGUCGCGGCUGAAGGGGUGGUGCCUGCAUGACGGACGGACAGCGGGGUUGGUCGUUGUUCUGGAGGGCGGCUACAACCCGGAGGCGGUUGCGCAAGGGGUGCUCUCGGUUGCCCUUGCCUUGAGCCUUCCUCGCACCGAUCCUUUGCUGCAACGAUUUCUUGAGGAAAAGUCACCGAAGGUCUGGGCAGACCUGCGGCAACGGCAGGAGCGGCGUCAUCGCGAGUGGGAGCAGCUGCGAGAGGAGCGGGCAGAGGAGGAUCUCGGAGCCGCACCUAGCGGCCGGGGCUCUGAAUUGAAGCCGGCUGCAUCGGAUGAGCCAGAGCAGGUUCAAGAAGACACGCUGCUUCUGGAUCGUCACAAGCGCUGGUGUGCCGCACUGGUAGCCAAGGUUCAGCAAAUACACCGGGAAGCCAUGACACGUGAGCACUAG